GUCAUGGCUCAAAGGAAACCAUCUGGAGGUUGCUGCCGCCCCAAAGCUCCCAUCAACGAAGACAACGCUCGUUUCUUCCUGCUGGCCGGCCUCAUUUUUAUUUACUUGCUGUGCGGGGCUGCCAUCUUCUCCGCCCUGGAACACCCUUUUGAGCUGCGUGCUCGCCGCUUGUGGAGGCAGCAGCUGGACAACUUUACCCGGCGACACGCCAUCCACCCGAGGGCCCUGCACACUCUCCUUCGGCAGUAUGAGGAUGCCAAUGGAGCGGGGAUCAGAGUGGACGCAUUGAGGCCCCGCUGGGACUUUUCGGGAGCUUUCUACUUUGUGGGCACCGUAGUCUCUACUAUUGGCUUUGGGAUGACCACACCCGUGACCAUAGCUGGAAAAAUCUUCCUAAUCUUUUACGGCCUCAUCGGCUGCGCGGCGACCAUCCUCUUCUUCAACCUUUUCUUGGAGAGGAUCAUCACCAUGCUGGCUUACAUCAUGCGCUGGUGCCACGAACGCCGGCUGCGCUGCGGCGGGGUCGGGGUCGAGUCCAGCAGCAGGCAGGAGGCAUCUGAGGAGGAGGACAGCUUGGAAGGAUGGAAGCCCUCCGUCUAUUAUGUGAUGCUGAUCUUAGGACUUGCCUCCAUAGUGAUCGCAUGCAGUGCUUCUACUCUGUUCUGCUCCAUGGAGAACUGGAGCUACGUGGACUCUUUGUAUUUCUGCUUUGUGGCCUUCAGCACUAUCGGCUUUGGGGACCUAGUUAGCAGCCAGAGACAGCACUACGAGUCUCAGGAGGCCUAUCGGCUCGGGAACUGCCUCUUCAUCCUAAUGGGAGUAUGUUGCAUCUACUCGCUCUUCAACGUCAUCUCCAUUAUCAUCAAACAAACUCUCAACUGGAUCCUGGAGAAGCUUGUGUGUCCCGGAGACCAGCGUCUCUGCUCCUGCUCUGCAAGCGGACGCUGGUGGGUCUGCUGCCCCUGCCUGCACAACAAAAAACGCAACCAGAGGCGUCCGCUGGCCCGCCUAAGACAAAAACGUUUGAAACGAAACGCUGUCCGGCCGCUCUCCACAAACUGCCAUGCGGGAAGGCAGCGCUACGCUGACGGCUCGGUGGAGACGGUUUGCGACAGCGAGACAGACGGUGUUGCGGCGGCGGACGGGAUGUACGUUGGCCGCCGCAUGUCUGGGGAAAUGAUCUCCGCCAAUGAGUUCAUGGUGUCCAAUAAGGUGUCUUUGGCGCUGCUGCAAAAGCAACUAAGCGAAACAGCUCACCAGGGACCGAGACAGAGCCACGGACAUCAGAAUGGAUUCUCCGGGGGGGUGGGAGCUCUGGCCAUCAUGAAUAACCGCCUACAGGAAACCAGCGUGGACAGAUAG